AAGGAAAACAUGCCAGACUGUCUUAUGAUUAAGUAUUUAUAGUAAAGCUAUUUAUAAUGGUCACCAGAGGGAGUGGAGAUCCAGAUACCUGCAACAUGGAAACUUCAGAGCAGUCCUAGAAGAUAUUUUAAAAGCAGUUGAAAAUCUUUUCACAACUGGAAAAAACACCUGAACUCAAGUGAACCUAUCCAAGUUUCACAUGGAUUACUCCAACAGUGAUGAGGACGCAGAUGCUGACUUUGACACCCAACUCGUCAUUCAGCGGAGUUUGCUGGACAUUUACAAGCCACGGCUAACUCAGCCCACAUCAGAAGAUGAGAGAUCCCAUUCCGUUUCGAGUGCUGACCAUAAGAAGAUAGUUGAAGCAAUAGAGACAGGUGAGGAAGGUGUGUUGGCACGCUUAACCAAGGACCAGGCUGCAUUCGAUGAAGCAGAUGGGGACGGCUGGCUUCCUCUGCAUAGGGCGGCAGUGCAGUUAAACAAGAACGUCUUAGAAAUAACCCUGAAUGCUUCCAAACCCAGUGUGUGGGAACAGACCACCCACAGCGGUGAAACACCGCUCUUUUUGGCUGUCAGCGGUGGCCUCCUAGAAAAUGCCCAUUUUCUCCUUCUCAAUGGCUGCGAUCCAAAUGCUAAGAAUUUGGAAGGCAAUUCUCCUCUUCUUACAGCUGUUCUGAAAGACUCCUACGACAUGGCCACCUUGCUAAUCAGCCGUGGAGCGGAUGUCAAUCUGCGAUGUGCCAACGAGAGGACUGCUCUCCAUGAGGCUGCCAAGCUAGGCAGAUGGGACAUGGUAAAGUUGAUGCUGGCUUCUGGGGCCCACCCAGAUGCACGGAGCUCCUACGGAUUUACUCCUCUUGCCCUUGCUGCUCAAGGUGGACACACUGAAAUCAUGGAACUAUUACUGCAGAAAGGGGCUGAUGUUCACAGCCAGGCUUCUGAUUCCUCCUCCAUUUUACUUGAAGCCGUUAGAGGAGGAAAUCCAGAUUCUGUGACUCUCUUGCUAGAGUAUGGAGCUGAUGCCAACAUUCCUAAAAGUUCAGGCCACCUGCCCAUUCAUGUGGCAGCUGACAAAGGCCACUUAUUAGCUCUAAAGAUGUUGGUUCCAGUUACAGAUAUUACUGCCAUCAAGAGGAGUGGGAUAAGUCCAGUUCACUGCGCAGCAGCUGGAGCACACCCCCAGUGCCUGGAACUUCUCAUUCAGGCUGGAUUUGAUGUAAAUUUCAUGCUGGAUCAGAGAAUCCGUAAACAUUAUGAUGAUCAAAGGAAGUCAGCCUUGUAUUUUGCUGUUUCAAAUGGUGAUCUCUCUUCUGUUAAGCUGCUUCUGAGUGCUGGAGCUCUACCCAAUCAAGACCCAGUCAACUGCCUACAGAUAGCUCUCAGGAUGGGCAACUAUGAGCUCAUAAGUCUACUAUUAAGGCACGGGGCCAACGUCAAUUACUUCUGCAGAGUUAACCCUUUGCAUUUCCCAUCAGCACUACAGUACUCACUGAAAGAUGAAGUCAUGCUCAGGAUGCUGUUGAAUUAUGGGUAUGACACAGAGCGAUGUUUUGAUUGUCCUCACGGGGACAGAGUUCAUCGCUUUUGUACUUUUGAAGGCUGGACAUCUACAGUUAUUAAAGACACUAUGUUUUGUGAAGUCAUAACUUUGUCAUGGCUACAGCAUCUCUCUGGAAAAGUUGUUCGUGUGAUGCUUGAUUAUGUUGAUCAAGUUCAAAUCUGUUCAAAAUUGAAAUCUGUGCUUGAAAAACAGAAGCUCUGGUCAGAAAUACAUUUUAUCUUGACAAACCCUCGUUCUCUACAACACUUGUGUCGCCUUAAGAUCCGGAAGUGUAUGGGACGGUUCCGUCUGCGCUGCCCCGUCUUCAUGUCAUUUCUUCCACUGCCCAACUGUCUAAAAGCUUAUGUCCUUUACAAAGAGUAUGACCUUUACGGACAAGGAAGUCUUACAGGAGCCUGGUAACUGACCUAUUCUGGAGAAAAGAAGGUGUCAAUUAAGGUAAAGACUUGUAACUGGUGAAAAUGCUAAUAACAACCAACUACUGAGUGCUCAGCCUUAAACAAAACAGUCAUAAUAUCCCCCUCUGGGGCUCAAAGGACACGGCAGAAGAAGGAACAGAAAAACUGUUAAGAGUCUGGGGCUGGAGAGAUGGCUCAGAGGUUAAGAGCACCGACUGCUC